AUGACGGAGAUAGCCUCAAUCCGUAAUACCGAAGAUGGCCUCAAUUCGGUGGAGGUAGGAUCCCUCGGGCGAUGGCCUCAAACCCAAGAUCGCAGACCCUCGUGCGCACGUCUUAACCUCACUGACCAGGCCCUGCAGCCGCCCGAGCGAUGGCCAGUUUCUAUGUUCAACACAAUAAACCAAUGGACCUUAAUCACUGAUUAGAAUUAAUUAAUUAACUUAACUAAU